UUGCCUGUGCAGUUUGUAGAGGACCUCAGUGCAUACUUGCAGUUAAUUUAUUCGUUCUCUUCUUGUUUUUAUUAUAAUCUUUUUUUCUAUUCAAGAGUUACGAUGAUAUUUUGCUUAAUACUCUGUAGUCUUUUUGUAUCAACGCUCCAGAUCUCGAGCGACGUCAUCUCGGCGCUGGCGGCCAUCAACGCGAAGGGCUACCCCGACUCGCUGAUCUACGAGACGGUCUCGAAGACCCUGCAGAGAUCGGUGACCCCUCGGAGCAAGGCGGAGCUGGCUGAGGCGCUGACGUCGCCGGCGGUGGAGAGCGAGCUUCGGAGGGCCGCCAUGAACUACGCCAAGUCCAAGCUGGAGCCGGCGCAGCAACGUCAGCUCACCGAGGCCGAGCCCCUCAUUGGAAGGGACGGUUCCGCCCCGAGCGACUGCUCCUACUCCUGGUGGAGCUGGGUCCCUUGGGCCAACUGCCCCGACGAGAAGAAUAACGACGCGCCCGAUGCCGCCGACGCUCAACCAGUGUAUGCUAAGUGCUUUAAAUAAACUGUCGCCAUUUUCAACGAUUA